AUGAUUAGUGAUGUGGAAGCUUUGCGCAAAGCAUUGCUAGCCAAAGUGCCCGUUGGUGCAGCUGUGCCGCUGGAUGAGUUGCGGGCCGAGCUCCGAAAGGAGUUCUCUUCGGCAACGGUGGAGAUAGGCAUGCGGCAAUUAGCAAUGCAGGGGGUGGUGGCGGUACAAGCAGGAGCUGUAUCACUGAGUAGCUCAUCUGCCACCGUCGUGCAAUCUGGGAGCCCACGAUUGCUGCAAAGCUAUGCGGACCAUGCUCUACGUGAAUCCCCUAGCCCAUUGCAAAAUCGAGAUAGCCCAUGGACCAAGGGUUACAAACGUUGGUACAAUUUCGGCCAACCUUGGUGCACGCCGGACAGCACCAAGCAGGACCAAAGAGAAGAACGGUGGUACGCCCCAGAGCCAUUCGACUUCAGGAGAGUGAAGGCCACUGACUCUGUCGCGAAGUCAUUGACGUUUGGAGAUGAGGUCCCUGCACAGCCCGUGAGUUCCAUGGCCUACCGAGCACCCAUGACCUCCUACCAGGCUGCCAGCGCCACACACUCGGAGCCGGUCCCACCGCAGCACCAUGUGGCAUCGACGCUGGCAGCUGAGG